CAAAAAUAUAGACGGUUUAAUAUUGGAUAACUGAGGAUAACAGAGACAAACGGCCAAAAGAGCAAGAAACGCACGGCAGCCGUCACAACCCUGAGGAACCGAUUCCGUCGCCCAUCUGAGAAAAAUCGACGACUCUCUUCUUUUCCACGCACUCUCGUUUCUUAUUUCUCAAAUCGAUCCUCCGCCGUCCUUCCGCCCAAUCUCACCGGAUCCUCCCUCAUUGGACGGUUUUGAGGAUAACUUUCCAUGGAGGGAAUCGGAGGUGCUAAUACAGCUUCUGAAGCAACAUUGGAUCAAUGGAGACAAUAUUCAAGGCUUUUCCAGUAUUACCUUGAUAAAACCACUCCACAUGCAGUUUACAGAUGGAUCACAACAGCUACUCUAGCACUUCUCUUUGCAUUACGUGUCUAUUAUCUUCAAGGAUUCUACAUUGUUACCUAUGGACUCGGAAUCUACUUACUCAAUUUGUUGAUUGGGUUUUUGUCCCCUUUGGUUGACCCUGAAGUGGACCCCGCAGAUGGUGCCUUACUACCUACAAAAGGCUCAGAUGAGUUCAAGCCUUUUAUUCGCCGCCUCCCAGAGUUUAAAUUCUGGUAUGCCAUUACAAAGGCUUUCAUUAUAUCGAUUAUGAUGACAUUCUUUUCCAUGUUUGAUGUGCCUGUGUUUUGGCCAAUACUACUUUGUUACUGGUUUGUAUUGUUUGCAAUGACAAUGAAACGCCAAAUCAUGCAUAUGGUUAAAUACAAGUAUAUCCCAUUCAGCAUCGGGAAACAGAAAUACGGCGGUAAAAGAUCAUCUUCGGCUGGCGGGUCUCGGGAUUAGUGAAAGAGAUAGUAUUUAUGGAGUUGUUUAGAUUUGAAUGGUUAAUGCCAAUUGGAUGUAAAAGAUAUGGAAAAAGUGAUUUGAUGAAUGAUGGUGUUUUUAUAAUUUCUUAUCUAUCUAGUCUAGUAAAAAGAAAACAAAUUCUUUUGUCACUUAUAUUAACAUGGUUUAAUCAAUCAAUUUGUUUGUGUUUUA